AUGUCGUGUUACAAUACACCUUGUGAGAUACCGACUACGGGACGAUUUCCCAAUACUUUUGCCUCUGCUGUACAGUUUUUUGCAGCUAGUCAGUGCUUCCUUACAGAAGGAAUUUUGAAAGAUGAAAAUAUUCCAAGUUAUACAAAAUUUGAUUUUAUAAUAGUAGGAGCCGGAUCAGCAGGAAGCGUACUAGCAAAUAGAUUGAGCGAAAUAAACGAAUGGAAAAUUCUACUCUUAGAAGCUGGAGACGACCCUCCUAUAGAAGCCAAUAUUCCAGCAUUAGCAAAAAGCAUGCGCAGGACAAAAUAUGAUUGGCAAUACUUUACUACAAGUGAUGGAGAAAUAGAUCAAGCCAUUAUAAACAAUUCUUUAAAUUGGCCAAGAGCCAGAAUGCAAUGGCCCCCUUGUAAUGAGUUUGAAUUAGAUAGCAGAGACUAUUGGAAGUGUGUUUGUUUAAGUACGGUGCAAACUGUGUACCAUCCAGUAGGAACAUGUGGUAUGGGAACUGAUUCAAAAACUUCAGUUGUGGAUAGUCGGCUAAAAGUGCAUGGUGUGAAAAAUCUACGAGUCAUCGACGCAAGUAUAAUGCCAACCAUUACAAGCGGUAACACCAAUGGACCAUCAAUGAUGAUCGGCGAAAGAGGUGCAGAGUUAGUAAAACAAGACUAUAAUAAAUAA